AUGGGGCCUAGAGCCAUCUCAUCCCCAUCUCCCCAAAUCGCUUCGACCGCACCCCUCAAUAUUCGCAAGCCCCAGCGGCCGAGCCUAGCCCUUCCUACACCGCCCUCCGCGAGGACGCCCACGCCCAACCUCAGUUUGUCCAUCCCCCACGUCGCCUCUCGGCCUACCACGCCCAAACUCGGCUUAAACAUCCCACCGCGGAUAAACACCCAAUCGAGGCAUGGAGAUGGCGACGAUUCGCCCCAGAGCAUGUACUACGGUGGACCGCCCCUCUCACUACCCGCGAUGCAAUCACCCCAUGCCGAUUUGACGAUACGGCCAGAUUCCGCCUUCCCCAACAAGGCACCCAAUCACACCCUCCCACCGGAACGAAUCUCCGGCCAAGAAUACGGAAUUCGAUCAGAUGUCUGGUCGACGGGGAUUUCAUUGUUGGAACUUGCCCAGAAUCGCUUCCCCUUCCCUCCGGAUCUGCCACCUAUUGAACUGAUGAUGUACAUCACUGCCGGCGAGCCUCCUCGACUGGAAGACGAACCCGGGCUGGAGUGGAGUGAUGAGAUGAAGGAUUUCAUUAAACAGACGCAAGUGGUUGACAGUCGAUUCGCUCGCCCGUCCAACGCCGAAGGAUCUGCUUUCUCAUCCAUGGAUUGUUUCCGUGAUGAAACAGGAGACUGA